AUGGGAGUUUCCAAAUCUGAGCCGGUCAUCAUCGUUGGCGGAGGAGCCUUCGGCCUCUCAACCGCUCUACAUCUGACUCGCGAUGGCUACACAAACGUGUCAGUCUACGAGAAAGACGAUCAUAUUCCUCCUCGGUCCUCAGCUGCCAAUGAUCUGAACAAGAUUGUUCGCGCGGAGUAUGAGGAUCCCUUCUAUACCGAUCUGACAAUUAAAGCGAUUGCUGCGUGGAAAACUCCCCUCUUCGCCCCUUACUUCCACCAAACCGGCUUCCUCCACUGCGUAUCCGGUGACGCGCCCCAAAAAGCCAUCGAGACUCUGAACCGUUUCCGCGGUGCAGCAGAAGGAAAUGCCCAGAUCAAGCCGCACGUCGUCCCACUCAAAGGCGACAAAGACAUCCGCGAAGCAUGCUGGCAGCUCAACGGCCCAUUGACCGGCUGGAACGGCUAUCUCAACCGCUUCGACGGAUACGCGCACUCAGGCAACGCCUUGGCAGCCGUAUACCGCGCAGCCCAAGCAGCCGGGGUCCGCUUCUACCUUGGCGAACGCGGCGCAGUAGACGAGAUCGUCUACGUGUCCACGCUGAAGGGCCGCAAGAGCUCAGGCAUCCGCACAAAAGACGGCAAAUUCCACCCGUCGUCGCUGGUAAUUGUUGCAGCAGGCGGUGCUGUCGGACGCCUUGUUCCAGAGCUUGGAACGAACGUUGUUGCCAAAUCGUGGUCUGUUGCACAUGUCCACCUGACAGAUGAGGAGACAUCCAUGUUGCGCAAUAUCCCUGUAACCUACGCUCGCGACCUUGGCUUCCUCUUCGAGCCUGAUCCCGAGACGAACCUCUUGAAGAUUUGUCCUAUGGGAGGUGGGUAUAUUAAUACAGACGCCAAGAGUGGAGUUUCGCAUAUGCCUUCGUCGUUGGAGGAGAGUGCGUUCAUUCCGGAGCAUGAUGAGAAGCAGAUGAGGAAGUUGCUUGCUCAUACGCUCCCGGCGCUGAAGGAUCGGCCGCUGGUUAAGCGGUCGCUUUGUUGGUUUGCUGAUACUGAUGAUUCGGACUUUAUUAUUGAUUAUUUGCCCGAGACUUCGGAUUCGGUGGUUGUUCUUUCGGGUGAUUCUGGGCAUGGGUUUAAGAUGUUCCCUAUCUUUGGGUCUUGGGUUAGGGGGUUGUUGGGUGCUGGACAGCAGCACAUUAAGAGGUGGAAGUGGAAGCAGCCUAAGCCUGCUGGCGAGAAAGGGAAUUGGGGCGGUGAUGUGAGUUGGAGAAUUGGGGAGUCGAAGGAGCUUGCUGAGAUUCGCCCGGGUAGAUCGUCUAAGCUUUAG